AUGGGGCGAACUUCGAAGUUCUCAUUCCCCAUUCCUGGGCGCAAGGGUAAUUCGAGCAAGGAAAAAUCAUAUCAAGUACCUCCACCUAUGUCAAAGUUAUCUUCAGGAAACUUGUCAAAAGCAGAACAAAUUUUGGGAACUGGCACUGCGGAACCCGGAGAUUGGAAGAGACCCGGUUCUCGGUCUAGCCGAAUGAGCAUCACUAUUUCAGAAACUACACAUUCGGCGAGAUCAAUGAAUGAUGGUGGUAAUUAUGAUGAGUGGGAUGGAGAAUCGGGUAUUUUCCCUAGACAGACAGGUGUUAGAGGGAGGGCUUCAUCUAAUGCACUAGGUCAACCUUUUGGGGAGGAUAUGGCUACGGAAACUUCUACUAUAACACAUCGAUUGAGGAAUGAGGAUUCUACAUCUACUUUAAAAUCGUAUUAUGAUCGUCAAAAGUUACCGGCUUCAAUAUCACAACAAACUUCUGCAUCUUCUGCACGAGAUCUAGCUCUCCGAAAAGGACUUACGCCAGUGGUGAAUAGGAGUCCACUUUUACAAGUCGAUUCGACAGAUCCUUGGGAUCAAGCCGGUCACAAUCUCUCGAGUAUGAAUGAUAAUCAUUUAGGGUCGCCAGAACGUAAGAAGUCUGUGAGGCAGGGUUUGUCCUCGUUAUUUCAUAGGUCAGAAAGACGACCAUCGGCAGUAUCACAAAAUACUUUUGAUUAUUCCAAACAAAGUGGCUCAAUUCGGAAUAGGCUUGCCAAAGCGGCUUCCAGAGAGUCAUUACAAUCACAAAAGCCAAGCAUCUCAUCCAUAAAGUCCAGAGACCAAAGAGAUCAGGUGCAAGUUCAGCCUAGCUUGAACGAUUCAUAUGAUUACUAUGAACAAUCAACUCGGAAUGCUCAGAUGAAAUCAAUACCAGAAUCAAACAUUCCCGAACAUUUCAAUUUAUUUCCCAGCACGUCAGAAAAGGGUAAUGGUCGGCAGCCGGGAUCACUCAAUUCUGAGAAACGAGAAGGACAUCGAAGACUAGAAGAUUUACAUUCCAGCUCUGGAGAAAAGGAUACAAUUUCGUGGAAGAAUGCACGUUCGAAUACCAAUGGCAAUUUUCGCAACAGUGUGAUUUCUCAGAGCACGGGUCAUUCUAGCCUGGGUAUAUCCAGUACCGGAAGUAUAUCCAGUCGCAACACCAAAACAUCAAGACAAACCGGAGGAAGUGUAUUUUCGAAUGCAGAUUUACACCAAAGUAGUGUACUGUCAUUAUCAUCCGAUUCAGAAGAGGAUUUUUCGGAUACCGAACCAUCGAAAUCUCGUGAUAAUAUAUCUAUUGGUAAAGCUCCUUCACAUGCUGAAAGUGAAAUUAUUCCUCCUGUACUUCAAAACCGCUUGAGUAUAACGAAAAAUCCUGUAAGGAAACAAUCGGCUUUGAAGAAUUCAUCGUCCACCAAGAAGGGAGCCGCUCAGCCAAGUGCAUUUUUAACGAUUCCGGGGUCGAAUGGAGGAUUAUCUCAAUGGCCGAUGCCACCAACAACCCCAACGACACCAACGAUUACGAGACAAGAUUCUCUAAAGUCACAAGACUCUCGACCAACUUCAUCCCAAAGAAAUGUUUCCAUCUCGUCCAAAAGGUCCAUACAGCAGCAACCGACACCACCGCUAUCUCCUCGAGAAAUCGAUGCCGAAACUGACUCCGUUCGCACAACAACCAGUGGUCGUAUGAUGCAAGUUACGAAGCAAGAAGAGGCACUUCUCGAGGCACUACGUCAAAAAAGAGCACGUAUGCGCGAGAAAAUUAUCAAGGAACAUGAAGCUGAAGCUGGAGUUGGUAAAUCACCACCGGAUUUUGUAGAUCACAGAAGUUCUUCAAGGUUUUCGAAAUCGUCUUCUACAAGUACGAUUAGACCAGGUACAGAACGUGUACCUUUGUAUCUCGAUGCGCCCAUUGUAAGGGAAAGAAAUUUGGGAUAUGGAAAUGGAAAUGGAAAUGGGAAUGGAAUGGGAAUGGGAAUGAAAUAUGGACAACCAAGUCCGGAUUUGAGUGAUUUUUUGAGUAUGGGGAGUCAGGAGUUUCAAGAGGAUGAGGAGACGCCUACGAAUAGUAGAGGUGUUUCGAGGAAUGAUAUGAGGAGGAAUACAAAUGCAAGUGGAAGUGGAAGUACAAUUGAGAUUGGGAUUGGGAUUGAAGUGCCCCAACCAAAGAGACCGGGUACUCCGCCGCAAAAUGAUCCGAGGUUUGGGUCUUCUGGGGUGGAGGGAAUGAGGAUGGGUGGUCAUAGGGAGAGGGAGAGGAACCUUAGUGUGGAGAAAGCGAAGUUUUUAGAGGAAGAGGAGGAGGAGGAGGGGUUUUGGGGUUUGUAG